AACCAUCAUUAAUAAAAUAGAAAAUUAUUAAGUCACCUGGAACUCGUAAGUUUCGGCUUGCUGCUCAGUUGAACGCCGGUAGACAAACUCCGAAUUUCAGUCAAUGGCUAGCGAAAACCAGGACCCGGCUAUUCGGAUCCUCUGCCGGAGGCUCCAGAUUAUCAAGAACGAAUCGGGUAUUCAAUGGCUCAUCGGUUCUCCAUUCUUCCCUCGCUACACCGUUAUCUCUACUUUCCGAUGUAUCCACACUACCUCCUCCAAUCCUCUAUCGCCGGAUUUCUCUAAAGAAUCAGAUGAUAUAAGAACAUUGCUCCCCAAGGGUUUUGAAGUUAUUGGAGCUUUAAUUGUCGGAAAAGACUCUACUUUUGACAAAAUUGCGAAGGAGGCGAUUAAUGCAGCUUGUAAUAUGAGGAAAAGUUUGUCCAGUGAUGCAAAUUUGGGGAAUCAGGAGCUGAUCGGGGCUGUGGUGGAUUUGAAUAAUGCUAAGGAUGUUCGUUUUUUCGUGUCCAAGGAUGGACAAUUGGACAGUCUUGAGAGUGUUAGUUCAAUUGUGUAUGAAGACAAUCCUGAAAAGUUUGUUUGGGAAAGAGGUUGUUUGCUCCAUUGUGCUCUUCAAGUAAAGUUGCCUUUAUAUUAUCAGCCAAGCAAACCUUAUGAUGUACAUGAGAUAUAUAUGCGUGCAGCUGAUGCUGUUGCUAGCAAAUUCAGAGACCCACUAGUUACUUGCCUAAUAGAAGCUUUAAAUGAAACUUCUGGUGCUAUUGUUCUUCGUGGUUCAGAACUGAGCACAGAUAGUUCAAGUUCUUCCUCUGAACUUAAAGGUUCUGAUACAAAAGCUUUGUUAUGUUCACACUUCUCUUCAAGGAGCAAAGAUAUUACCUCAUUUUCUUCAAUAGAGGAGAGUGCAGAUAAAAUCCAAGUAAGCUUUCUGCUGAACAAAUCAAUGAAUUCUGUGAAACCUUCUGCACCUAUUGCUGAAUAUUAUCCAGCCACCCAAGAAACUCAACUUCUGGUCGUAGGUCAUAAACUAGAAGUGCUUUGUUAUGCAUCAAAAGAUCUUUCGCUGGCUUAUGGCAUUUCAAAGUUGGUCAUCCCUGCACUAGUUGACCAGUUACACUCCAUGAGGAAAGUUAGUAUUCCUGACCUUUUAAAAAGGCAUCCAGAGUUGCAUCCAUAUCACUUCCUUCCUCCAGGAAUUUUACAUCCGAUUACAGUCUUAUAUGAACUUAGUUAUGGUGAGACAGAACUGAAGCAAGUUGAAACAAGAAGAUCCCUUCAUUUGAGACUUGGUUUACCUUUUGAUCGCCCUCUUCUAAGAAUUUCAAAUGCCAUUGAUAUAGUAGGGAAGAAACAUAGUAGCAACUUAGUCCAGAAAGGUUCUUCUUUUCUCAAGGAUGUACAUUUGACAAUACCAAGUAGUGGUGUUUCCGGAGGUGUGGCUUCUCUGGUUCAAGGUUCUUAUCAGUACUACCAUUACCUCCACGAGGGACUUGAUGACUCGGGUUGGGGCUGUGCUUAUCGCUCUCUGCAGACAAUCAUUUCAUGGUUCAAGUUGCAAAAUUACACUUCAAUUGAUGUCCCAUCACACAGGGAAAUACAACAGGCACUUGUAGAGAUUGGUGACAAAGAUCCUUCAUUUAUAGGGUCACGUGAAUGGAUUGGAGCCAUUGAACUGAGUUUUGUGUUGGAUAAACUAAUUGGAGCUAGUUGCAAAAUCAUAAAUGUCAGAUCUGGAGCCGAGCUUCCUGAAAAGUGUCGAGAGUUGGCAUUGCAUUUUGAGAAUCAAGGAACUCCUAUCAUGAUUGGUGGUGGUGUUCUUGCCUACACUCUCCUGGGCGUGGAUUACAAUGAUGCAAGCGGAGAUUGUGCUUUCCUUAUACUAGAUCCUCAUUAUACCGGCAGUGAUGAUAUCAAGAAAAUAGUAAAUGGUGGAUGGUGUGGGUGGAAGAAAGCUGUUGAUAGCAAAGGAAAGCACUUUUUCUUGCAUGAUAAGUUCUAUAACCUUCUGCUCCCUCAACGACCUAAUAUGGUCUAGUUAAUCUUGAAUAUACAAAAAGACCAUGUUCAGAUAGACAGACAGACAGAGCCAAUCUCUCUGUGCAAGUGUGUUGGGGGUUGGCUGGACUUAAUUUAUCAACCUGUCUUUAUUUUGUUGUCCUUAAAUGAGAAGUUCCAAUUUUGAGCUUUAUGUUUUUAACUGGAAAGAGUGGACAAGGAAUUAAAAUAUUCCCCACCAAUGUAUUUUGACAUCCCACAACUUCGACAUAUCGCGUAGCCAUUU